CCUUCGAUAAACUCACCCAUCACAGAAAAUUCGUUGGAAAGAAAAGAAAAACAAAAAAAGAGAGAAAAUUUGGGGAAACAAAGGCGAAAACUUUUUGGUCCAAAGAUCGAGAGACGAUUUUCGAAAUCAAAUUUUUUGAUUUCUUGGCGAUCGAUUAUUGUCCGAAAGAUUGAAACUUUGGUAGAUAGAAGAGUUGUUGUCCGAUCGUGGUUCUUGUUGAAUGGCGCAACAAGGGCAGGGAAGCAUGGACCCUGCCGUUCUCGAUGACAUCAUUCGUCGUUUGUUGGAUUACAGAAACCCUAAGCCUGGAACGAAGCAGGUGAUGCUCAACGAGUCUGAGAUCCGACAGCUCUGCACCGUCUCCAGAGAGAUUUUCCUUCAACAGCCUAACCUCCUUGAGCUCGAAGCUCCAAUCAAGAUCUGCGGUGAUAUUCAUGGACAGUACUCUGAUCUAUUGAGGCUGUUUGAGUAUGGAGGCUUCCCUCCUACAGCUAACUAUUUAUUCUUAGGAGAUUACGUGGACCGUGGGAAGCAGAGUUUGGAGACGAUUUGUCUUCUGCUUGCCUACAAAAUCAAAUACCCCGAGAACUUUUUUCUUCUAAGAGGAAACCAUGAAUGUGCUUCUAUUAACAGAAUCUAUGGAUUCUAUGAUGAAUGUAAACGUCGAUUCAGUGUGAGACUCUGGAAAGUAUUUACAGAUUCUUUUAACUGUCUCCCCGUGGCUGCUGUAAUAGACGAUAAGAUAUUAUGUAUGCAUGGUGGCCUUUCUCCCGAUUUGACCAAUGUGGAACAGAUUAAGAACAUUAAGCGACCAACCGAUGUUCCAGACUCUGGUUUGCUCUGUGAUCUGCUUUGGUCUGAUCCAAGCAAAGAUGUCAAAGGUUGGGGGAUGAACGACCGUGGAGUCUCUUACACGUUUGGGCCUGACAAAGUUGCAGAGUUUCUAAUAAAGAACGAUAUGGAUCUAAUCUGUCGUGCCCACCAGGUGGUAGAGGAUGGAUAUGAGUUCUUUGCCGAUAGACAGCUUGUUACUAUAUUCUCUGCUCCAAACUACUGUGGUGAAUUCGACAAUGCUGGUGCAAUGAUGAGUGUUGAUGAAAGUUUAAUGUGCUCUUUCCAAAUUCUUAAGCCUGCGGAUCGGAGGCCCCGGUUCUUAUGAAGAAAAGAGUUAGAACCUCGCGGGAAAGAAGAGGAAAUUGACGACAUGAAUGCGGGAGAGACAUUUGAAGCUCCCUGAGACUUUGUCCAGCGGCCUUGCAGAAAGGCAAAAAAAAAAAAAAAAAAAAAAACACAUUUUACAUGUAUUUGAACUCAUUGCCAUUUCUUUUCUCAAAACUUUAUGUUCUUAUGAUCUUCCUCUUCUUCUCUGACUCUAUUAGACAGUAAAAAAAUAUCUGCAAAUUUUUAUUCUUUUUCAUCAACUGAAUUCUGCAGUA